CUGAAUUUUAGGUGGCGUUUGAUAGCCGAUCAAACGUAGAAAAGUCCCGCAGUUUCUCGGACGCCCCUUCCAAACCCUAACCUCACAGGUGAUUUUCUCUCUCCUCAACUUCUCAGGUGAUUUUCUCUCUCCUAAACUUCUCACAUUUACAGAUGAUUUUCUCUCUCCUCAACUUCUCUCUAAUAUUCCCCUUGUCUCUCGCUCUCCAUUCUCUGAUUUUUUCCCAUUGAUUUUCUGAACGACCUCCGUAUUAGUUUCUUGCUCCUCAAAAGCCCUCUUUCUCUCUCUACUUCCUAACUCAGGGUGCUAUUCCUGCACAUUGAAGAUUAAACUGUAAUAUCUUUUCCACAUAUAUAAAAAGCACCACAUAGAAAUGGCAGAAGAAGCUACCAUGGUGGAGAAUGACGAUAAUUACGUUGAAUAUGUCCCUGUUAAAAAGAGGCGAAUGAUGGAAGCACAAAAAAUACUUCAACGUAAGGGCAAAUCCUCCGCUUUGGAAGAUGCAGAACAAGCAAAACUCACAGAAGCAAAGCCUAGCCUCCUUGUUAAAGCUUCACAGCUCAAGAAGGAGCUUCCUGAGAUAAGCCCAAUGGAACAGUUGGUCCUCCAAGAAAAAGAGAUGAUUGAGCACCUCUCAGAUCGAAAAACCCUAAUGUCUGUUCGUGAACUUGCAAAAGGGAUUCAAUAUACUGAACCCAUGAAUACAGGGUGGAAACCACCAACUGCGAUUCGCCAUAUGUCUGAAAAAGAGUGUGACAUGAUUAGGAAGCAAUGGCAUAUAUUGGUAGAGGGAGACAAUAUACCACCCCCAAUUAAGAAUUUCAAGGAUAUGAGGCUUCCUGAACCUAUUUUGAAAAAGCUCAAAGCAAAGGGAAUUGUUCAGCCAACACCUAUUCAAGUUCAGGGGCUACCAGUUAUACUAUCAGGUCGUGAUAUGAUAGGCAUUGCAUUUACGGGGUCUGGUAAAACAUUGGUUUUUGUGUUGCCUUUGAUUAUGACUGCUUUGCAAGAGGAGGUGAGUAUGCCAAUAGUACCUGGAGAAGGGCCAUUUGGGUUGGUGAUAUGCCCUUCAAGGGAGCUGGCAAGGCAGACUUUUGAGGUUGUUGAGCACUUUUUGUUGCCUUUGAAAGAGUACGGGUAUCCAGAAUUGCGCCCUUUGCUUUGUAUUGGAGGGGUUGAUAUGAGAUCGCAAUUAGAGGUUGUGAAGAAAGGUGUGCACAUUGUGGUUGCUACGCCAGGUCGGUUGAAAGAUAUGUUGGCUAAGAAGAAGAUGAAUCUCGACAACUGCAGAUACUUGACAUUGGAUGAGGCAGACAGAUUGGUCGAUUUGGGUUUUGAGGAUGACAUAAGAGAAGUAUUUGACCACUUCAAAGCUCAGAGGCAAACCCUCCUCUUCUCCGCUACCAUGCCCAAGAAAAUCCAAAAUUUUGCAAGGAGUGCUCUCGUACAACCUGUGACGGUCAACGUGGGAAGAGCAGGAGCUGCAAACCUAGAUGUGAUCCAAGAAGUCGAGUAUGUGAAGCAAGAGGCAAAGAUAGUCUAUCUCCUUGAAUGCCUCCAAAAAACCCCACCACCUGUUCUUGUCUUCUGUGAGAACAAAGCUGAUGUGGACGAUAUCCAUGAAUAUCUCCUCUUGAAAGGAGUCGAAGCUGUGGCUAUACAUGGAGGCAAGGACCAAGAAGAGAGAGAAUAUGCAAUCGCUUCUUUCAAGGCUGGGAAGAAAGAUGUAUUGGUUGCCACAGAUGUCGCAUCCAAGGGUUUAGAUUUCCCUGAUAUCCAGCAUGUUAUAAAUUACGACAUGCCUGCCGAGAUUGAGAAUUAUGUACAUAGAAUUGGGCGAACUGGUAGGUGUGGAAAAACAGGAAUAGCAACCACCUUCAUAAACAAGAACCAGAGUGAGACCACACUGCUUGAUUUGAAGCAUUUGUUACAAGAGGCAAAACAAAGGAUCCCACCUGUGCUUAGUGAGCUGAAUGAUCCAAUGGAGGAUGUGGAUGCGAUUGUGAGUGCGAGUGGAGUGAAGGGGUGUGCUUAUUGUGGUGGAUUAGGGCAUCGUAUAAAGGACUGCCCAAAGCUCGAGCACCAGAAGAGCAUGGCCAUUGCCGGGACAAGAAGGGAUUACUUUGGAUCAGGGGGAUAUGGGGGAGAAAUUUAAAGGGGGCUUUUGGUAUUUUGUAGGUGGUCUGGGCAAGCAUUUCGAUUUAACAUGAGUUGGGCCUAAUUUAACUAGAGAGAGGCCGAGGAAGCAUUUGGGCUGAACAUGAGUUGAAGCUUGGUUCAUGAGAACGGUGGCCGCAAGCAUAUACUAGGUGAAAUUUGUAUCAUACAAAUAAAAGAAGAGGUGUCUGAGGAGAAUUUAUUUGCAUUUUCCUUGGGAUGAGAGGAAAUAUGAAGAAGGAAAAGUAAAUGAGAGUUGGUAUUUUCCCUAUGUACUAAUUGAGUUGGAAAGCAGGGACAUUCGGGGCAUCUGUUCGAUUAUUCGCCCAACCUUGUCUGGCUUCAAUCGAAAAGAUACAAACCAGAUCACAUGUUGGUUAGCCUUGUUGUUCUAUAGUUUUGAUUGAACCUGGUUAGUCGAUUUAUGAGUGGGGUGUCUCCCUUGAAUGGUGCAUGUUGAGAUUUGUGCUAUACAUUCGUCCAACUUGGUGAUCACAACUGAACUUGUUAACAUCCCUUCUUUUGAAGGGGCCGUUUGGGUACCUGAAAUUAUAUUGUUUGUGCAAUACAUUACUGAUGUAAUAUAUUACCGGUCAAAUACAUUAUCUGAAAAUGAGUUUUUGCUGUUUGGGUCAUGCAACUUGAGAAAUACGUUGUUACUGUUUGGUUGUAUCCAAAAGAAAUCUAGGACAUGCAUUCCCGCUCAUUUUGGCUUGGAAAA